AUGCUGGACACCUCGGUACUAAUUGCGGUGGCGGUGGCCGUCGUCAUCCACUACUUGUUCAAGAAGUAUGUUGAUGCCACCAAGGAUGUGCCUGACUUGUACUUAUCCGAACAAUCGUUGGUAGAAGCCACCAGACUUUCUGACCAGUCAGCCAUCUACAAGAGUAACAAACUAGAUUUCGGGAAUGGGUUAAGGGUCGGCCUUGACAUCCGCUAUAACCACUACAAGAUCCGUCACGGAAACCCCUGCGAUGUGUGGGAGUUAUUGGUGGCGGGUUUGAAAUCUAAUCCCCAGAAGCUUAUGGUUCUAAACAAUGAGGUGAUCAAAAUAUCCGAAUUAAACUUUAAGGUCAACCGCGUUACGGCUUAUUUGGAUGCAAAUGGGAUCCGGAACAUCGCCGUAAAGUACUCCGACUUCAUGGCAUCCAUUGAUCACACGGUGAUCUUGUUUGCUUGUUUGAUCAAUGCCGUCACUGUUACCUUCUACCAAACAUCAGACGAUCUUCAGACCUUGGAAGUAGACCACUUUGGUGACCAAUUGUUGCAAGAGGUGGAUCUGAUCCUCUCCGCUACCGGUGAGCUAUUCACCUACGAAAAUAUCUACAACUUCGACAAAGAUAAAGGUGCACGGAUCCGAGUGGUUAAGAAACUUGAUGGAUCUACAAUCAGAACCACCGAAUACUUGGCCGUCAACUUGGUCAGCAAUAUCGCUUCGACUUUGAAGCACCUACCACCAAAUGAAACAAUUGGUCCCAAAGACACGAUAUUGGUGACAAAUGUAAACCCUCACACUCUGCUUGUGAACACACUAUGCAAAGUGUUGACUGGGUUUGUGACUAACUCCAGUGUCAUCAUCACCAACUCGCUGUCGUGGGAAAACCUUGUUCUGUACAACCCGUCGGUGAUGUUCCUGGACCUGCUGGUAUACUCUAAGGGCGAACUUGUGCACAAGUUACAAAGAGGGCUAUCGGUUGUUGGUAGAACCAAGUACAAGCUUUCAAUGUACUUUUUGUCCCAGGGAAAAUUCAGUAGGUUUGGCAGCUCCAACUUGAGAUUGGUGUACUUCACCACCAUUGUAGGUGGGCCUGAGUCCUGCUACUUUGCUACCGCAAAACUUAAUCAAUUGAGGGCUUUGCUUAAUGCAAGAGUCAUUGUUGAGUAUGGGUAUGAUAACUUGAUAGGUCCCGUGGUGUUGAGUGAUUUAUACGAUUAUAGGGUGUUGGAUGGAGCUAUCACUGAGAAUCUAGUGGGUUCUGGGUGUAUUUUCCAAGCAGUUGAGAUCAAGCUUGUGAACUUGAAAUCGGACAAUUUUGGAGAUAUUAUGGUCAGAGGUUACAAUAUAGGUAAAGUCAACAAUUACAUUAUUGGUGGUGGUUCAGGGGAGAGAGUCAAUAAAGACAAUGAAGGGUUCAUGUUGCUUGAGGGUGUGAAAGGUAAAUGGGGAAGUGAUGGAUGCUUGUACAUAUAUGGUGAAUAA